AAAAGAAGAAGAGACAAAAAAAUAAAAUCCAACCUUGUGUCUUUAAAACUGUUCCAGAUCCAGUACUCACGGCCACCCCAUGUCACGUAGAGUGACCUUGCGUACAACAUGAAGCAUUUUUUACCAGUCUUUGCAUCUUCCCAGUGAAACCUGAAGAACAAUGUACAGGAAAUGAAAAGGAUGAGAGAGGAAGCAUUGCAAUUUCCAAGAACAUCAGAUGAAAUUUGCUACGGUGGAACACGUAUAGUGGAAGACCAGUUCCAAGUCCUUUUUUGCCCUGUAUAUGGAAAACCAGUUCAAUCCGUGUCGAAGAAACUAAGAAGAAGCUUCGGAGGAGUUGUGAUCAAUAAGAGUUAAUUUCAACUAGUUAUGGCUGAGAUAGCUUCUAUUUUUGUUAGUCCUAUCGUGUCCAAGCUCACUGAAACUGUUGCAACCUUGAUCAACGAAGAAUUUGCUGCAAUCAAGGGUUCUAAGAAGGAGCUGGAAAAGCUUUCAAGCAAUCUAAUCACCAUUGCAGCUGUGCUUGAGGAUGCAGAGAAGAAGCAGAUGGAUGCAGCCUGUGGUCGAUCUUUGAAGGUGUGGCUCUCAAAGCUCAAAGAUAUUGCUUUUGAUGUAGAGGACAUAUUAGACACUUUUGCAACGGAAGCUCACCUCUCCAAGGUACGCAGAAUCCCAUUUCGAAUCCGUAUGGCACCUGAAAUCAAACAAAUUUUAACAAAAUUUGACUUGAUUGCUAAAGAGAAGAGCAAUUUCAGUCUCAGUGUAAGUACUGAUGCUGCAAGGUCUGAUUCCCAAAGUCAAAACCACUUUCCACUCACCAAUUCCUUCGUAGACACAACCGAUGUGUUAGGUAGGGAUUCUGAUAAAGACAAAAUAAUAGAUCAGAUGCUAUCAAAUGAAAGUGAUAGUAGGGAAGGUGAUGUUUCUGUCAUUCCCAUCACUGGGAUGGGAGGCCUAGGCAAAACAACUCUUGCUCAACUCAUCUUCAAUAAUGAACGAGUUAAGGAGCACUUUGAGUACAGGAUGUGGGUCUGUGUCACUAUUGAUUUCAAUCUCCAAAGGAUACUCAGGGGAAUCAUAGAAUUUCACACUCAAAUGGAGGUCUCUAAUAACUUAUCCAUGGACAGCCUACUGGCACGCUUUAAAGACAUCUUAGCUGGGAAAGACUUUCUGCUGGUUUUAGAUGAUGUUUGGGUUGACAAUUACCAAGAUUGGGAGCCACUUGGAAACAUUUUGAAGCUAGGAGGUAAGGGCACUAGAGUUUUAGUCACUUCUCGAUCCACCAAAGUGUCUGACAUUAUGGCGACCCAAACUCCCUAUACCUUACAAGAUCUGCCCCAGCAGGAAUGUUGGUCCUUGUUCAAAAAAAUUGCUUUCAAAGACAAUAAGAACAUGUCGAGCGAAUUGGAAAGCAUCGGUAGGGAAAUUGUAGGCAAGUGCAACGGCUUGCCUUUGGCGGUGAAGGCAAUGGGGGGUCUCCUGCGUGGUAAUGUUGAUGUAGACAAAUGGAAAGGAAUCUUGAGAGACAGCAUAUGGGAGCUAGAAGACGAGAAAAGCCUCAAUAAGCCCAAAAUUUUGCCAGCCUUGAAAUUGAGUUAUGACCACCUGCCUUCCUAUUUAAAACAGUGUUAUUCGUAUUGCUCUAUAUUUCCAAAGGCCUAUGUUUUUGAUAGGAAGGAGCUGGUCAAGCUUUGGAUGGCUCAAGCAUUUAUUCAACCUAGAGGGCAAAAAAGUGCAGAGGAGACUGGACGUGAAUACUUUGAUGAGUUGUUAACCAGGUCCUUCUUCCAAACUCUAGACAUUGAUAACAAAGAGAGAUAUAGAAUGCACGAUCUUAUCCAUGAGUUGGCAGUAUCAGUUUCAAGUCCCCAGUGCUGCCAAGUGAUGGACCACAAGUCGUGUGUUUCCUCUCAACAAUGUCGUCAUGUCUCAUUGCUCUGUCAGGAUUUAGAGAGUCCUACCUGCAAGCAGGUUUUUAAGACGUGUAAUAAGCUGCGCACACUCCUGCUGCCUAGCGAGUACUUGAAAAGCUUCGGAGGGCAAACUCUGGACCAGAUGUUUCGUUCUCUAAAAUACAUUCGUGCCUUGGAUCUAAGUUCGAGCUUGCUCACGGAAUUACCAGACUCUGUUGGAGUGUUGAAGCUAUUACGCUACUUGGAUCUCUCUAGGACAGAGAUCAAGAAGCUUCCCAACUCAGUAUGUAAGCUCUGGAAUUUGCAGACACUUAAGCUUCUAGGGUGCCUUUGGCUUUUUGAAUUGCCCAAGGACCUUGGUAAAAUGGUUAACCUGAUUUAUCUUGAGCUAGAUGACAUGUUUUGGUUCAAGUGUAGGGAGCUGCCACCAAGGAUGGGAAACUUAACCAGGCUACAGAAUUUGCAUGCAUUUCGAGUACUCAGCAGUACACCGGGACGUGGCAUUGGAGAACUGAAGAACAUGGCGGAUCUUACAGGAAAGCUGCAUAUCUCCAACCUGGAGAAUGCAGUGAAUGCAGCUGAGGCAAAGCUAAACCAGAAGGAGAGCCUUCAGAUGCUGCUGUUAGAAUGGACUGACAAAGACUUCAACCAAGAAGAUGAAGUCAGAGCAGAGAGGGACCUUAAUCACCUCCAGCCUCAUUCAAAUCUCAAAGGCCUGGCCCUUCAUCACUUCAAGGGCUCUAAUUUUCCUUCCUGGAUGACAAGUGGUUUGCUUCAAAAUUUGAGAACACUUACCUUAAGUCAUUGCAUUAAAUGUACUACAAUCUCUGUUGGUCAAUUACCUCGCCUUAGAGAGCUCUGCAUCAAAGGGAUGCUGGAACUGGAAGAAUGGCCAGAGGAUCAAUGUCCUACAUUGAAUAGACUACAAAUCAGUACCUGCCCCAAGCUAAGGAAGGUACCAAACUUGAUGCUAAAUUUAACAGUUCUGAAGAUAAAGAAGUGUGAUUCACUCAAGGCUCUUCCAAUGGCUCCUUAUCUGAUGUUUUUAAUACUUAUUGACAAUCUUGUUCUGGAGGAUUGGCAUGAAGGUACGCUCACUGCCGUAGAUGAGCAACGCAACCCAAUAGGUCAACCUAGGCCUUCUCUUAUUGGUGUUUUGGAACUGAAACUGCAAAACUGCCCCAACAUACAAGCACUUCCUCGGAUAUUUUUUCCACAGAAGCUGGAAAUAAGAGGAUGUGUACAAGUAACUUCCCUUCCGGUCUCGCAACGUCUUCAACAUUUAGCUCUUGAAAUGUGUUCUAGUGAUGCACUCCUAAGAGAAAUACCGAGCACCAACUCUCUCUACUCCCUGGUCAUCUCGAAAAUCUCAAACCUUACCUGCUUCCCCAAAUUGCCACAUCUUCCGGGGCUUAAGAGUCUGUAUAUCAGUGAAUGCGAAGAUCUGUCUUCAUUGUCUGAAGAAGAAGGGUCGUUGAAAAGCUUGUCAUCUCUCCAACUUCUCUCUAUUCGAGGGUGUCCAAAGCUUGAAGCACUUCCUGAUGAAGGGUUACCGACAGCACUUGAAGGUCUAAUGAUUGGCUCAUGUUCCAGUCUAAGCUCUCUAGGUUCCAAACAGACCUUAAAGAGCCUUCACUCACUCACGGACAUGUAUUUAGAGGAUUGUCCCUUAAUUCAGUCCUUUCCCGAGGAUGGACUACCUUCUUCUCUGAAACAUUUGGAGAUUCGUGGAUGUCCCCUGCUAACAGAACAAUGCCAAGAAGAGGGUGAAGAACGGCCAAAGAUCAGUCAUGUUACGGACCUGGAAAUUGGUUCCAUCUGAUUGGCUGUUGGCUAUCUCAUAUUUCGAUUCAUGUUAUUUUAGGACCGUAAAAUGGUGAGUGGUUGAUCAAAUUACUGCUGUUUGCGGCCAUCAAGAAUUAAGCGGCUACAAGUGACGAGAAUAAAUAAUAGCUGGCUAGCUUAAAAUUAUGAUUGUUAUUGCUAAUAUGUGUCCUUGUAAAUACAUAUGUAUAAGAAGCAGAGAGAGAGACAAUGGCUUAAAUCAUUGCAAUAUUGGUGUCCGAUUCUGUUCAUGUUCUGCUGUGCCUUUUGUUUCUACAUUGUAAGAAAAGGGUGCCAAUUUUCAUACUAGUGUUAGAUUGUUGGUUUUCUUUUCA